CGCUCCGUCCGCACUAUGACGUAGCACACCUGAUCAGUCCCUUCCCUUCCCUUCCUCUCGUCUCUCCCAUCCAGCCUACAUACACCAUGCCUAGAACCAUCGCGUCUAGGGUGAACAAGAUUACACAAGUGCUAACCAUUGCUUUCGCGACGGCUAUCUUGGCCGCCACGAUUCCGUUCUUCCGCUCUCCGCAGCUCGGAACGCAUCAAGAUGAAGUAGUGCGAGAACAGACGGCGGCAUCUUUGUCGUCCACGUCUUCGUCUUCUUCAACUUUGUCCUCGCCUUCUGACGCAUGAAUUACGGAUAAUAGUCACAUUGGUCAGAUUGGUCCUACUCACUGUACCCUGACAGAAACGCGUAACGCGCCCAGCGCGUGCGUAGUCGUGGGUUAAUGAGAGACGACUCCCUGCUUCAGCACCAGCUGUAUUUCCGUGUUACACGCUGGCUUAAACUCAGGGAACAUUUGUGCGCUGCAGCACAGUGCAUUUCACUAAAUGCUAUAACGUAUUAUGAAGGAGUACAGUAAUGAAAAUAAUGAGACUUUUUUCUUGUGUUGUUGUUCGUUAAACACGAUAA